UUCGUUAGAGCUUGGUCGUUCCCGGGUUUCGCUGAUGGGCAUUUGAUUAGGUUUUAGAAUCUGGAGCGUGAUUUGGAGGUUUAGGGAUUCGUUUAGUUACGAUGACGGGUUUAGGAUCAGUAUGAGGUGCGGGUUUGCGGAAGUUUUUCUGGAAUCAAGGGUUUUUGAUUCCUGCUGACUUAGCUAGAGAUCGGAAUCAUAAGAAUAGAGAGAUUACGAGGGAGAGGAGUUGCUUCGGCAUAGGUCUGGUGAGACAGUUUUUAUUGUGCGGAGAGCGGUAUUAGUCAGCUCGAAAUCAUAACAUAAUUUAGGGCGCUAUUGUUUCAGGACCGUUUAACUAGGGCAUGUUUGAUCAGCUAUAUGCAUUUAUUUUCAGCUUGGCCGGUUCAGUGAUGUAUGGGAUUUUAGGUGUUGGAGCAGGAACGAUCGAGAAAUUUUCGAAACAGAGCGCGGGAUCCCCACGAUGACGUAACAGCGCAUCGAGUGCUGUCAACGUUGAACCUGGUUGUACGUCUUUAAGAGAGAGAUGGAGCGACCACCCCAACGCCAGUAUGAAGAGAACUGGGAUGCAGCUAUUGACCUUACCUUGAGACGCUUUGUUUAUGGUUCCCUCUCUGGAGCCGCAAGUGCCUUGCUCCUCUUUAGGAGCCCCUCUACGCGCUGGGCUGCUGUGGCUUUUGGAGCUGGCGCAGGCAUUGGAUCAGCCUUCACAGACUCAUCCAAGCUCUUUCGUGGCUCGUUUGGUGCCAGUUCGCCGUCCAUCUCAUCAUCGCCACCCGCUGUUGUCCCUGAUGCCCAACCCAGCUCUGUCGAUCCAGUUCGGGAGCCACCUCAGGACUCGAAGCUUGAGCGCUCUGAGGAGCCUGUCGUGAAAGAUUCUCAAUAAAUUGAAAAUGAAUUCAGAUUAAAUCUUUGGUGACUGACACUUGUCAUCGGUUAACUAUCCCUGGUGCUCACCACUGAGAAGCAUUUAAUACUAGUACGUCUUGAUGCGGCGUGAGUAUUAGAAUGAGUUCAGAAGAGCAGGACGACCAGAGUUUCUGUUUGCCUUCACCAGAAACACAAUUAGCAGCCAUUUGUGAAGGCUGAUUUGAGGACGUUUCCUUGAACUUCGUAGUUUUGCAGAAGCUUUCUUGGCAAACGAUGACCAUUUUGCAUAUCUUGUCAUUUCCUCCAUUCUUUUUAGUGUUUGUUAUGGCAGCUGUAAUCUGCACUCACUUGCAAGUUGCAUUUUUAGCAGCA